AUGCGCAGCUGUGCAGACACCGCAGCAGAAGCAGCAACAGCAGCAACAGCAGCAAGCUGCGUUCGCCUGUGGGGCAGCGGUCUGGGAUCGGAUCCCAAGGCAGUAGGCGGCGCAGCAUCAAACGACAUGCAGGCGGCAGCAGCAAACCAGAAAGAGACAGAGAAAGAGACAGAGAAAGAGACAGAGACAGAGACAGAGACAGAGAUGAAGAUAGCAGCAGGCGGCACAACCACCGCCAGCCUCUUCAGCAGCAGCAGCAGAUGCGGCUGCUGCAGCCCGCAGGUUCUCACCGCAGCAGCAGAAGGAGUUCAGCAGAGACAGGCGGAUAUGCACUCUCCUCAUACCGCAGCAGCAGAGACAGAGACAGAGACAGAGACAGAGACAGAGACAGAGACAGAGACAAAGACAGAAGCAGCAAAACUGAAGGGGCUCGCAGCGGCAGGCAGAGGGAGAGAGACGGGUGCGACAAGCCCAGAGACAGAGACAGAGAUAGAGAUAGAGACAGAGACAGCAGCAGGAUGCACGGUGGCGGGCGAAGCGCGAGGUGAAGAUUACAACAAGAGGCGGCAUUACUCUAGCAAAUGGUAUCAGAAGGACGCCCGGCGUCGCAUGAGCUGCAGCAGAAGCCGCAGCAGCAGCAGCAAGUGGCGCAGCAGCAACAGCAGCAGCGUGGAGAGUCGCCGCCUUGGCGGAGAUAGGCACAGGGGAGCAGCAGCAGCAGCAGCAACAGCAGCAGGAAGGAGGAGUUCUCGGAAGCACAGCAGUCCGUACAGGGCCCGCCACUACAGCCCCACCAACGGGCGACCGCUUGCUGCUGCUGCUACAUCAGCAGCAAAACAAAAUAGCAGCAAGCACGGCCACGAGCGACGCAGCAGACGAGAAGCAGCAGGGAGCAGCAGCAAGAAGAGCCGCGUUCAUUCUUCGCAGCGGCAGCCUCGCCGGUCUCCACCUCCCCCUCAGCAGCAGCAGCAGCAGCAGCAGCAGCAGAGCGGAAGGAAGAGUCUGCGGAAGCAAAAUAAAGAGGCAUCAAGAGAUGAAAUUACACACUUCUCUUGGAAGCCAGGCCUUUGGUUAAAUAACAGAUAUCGGGUUCUUGCAAAGUUAGGCGACGGAACAUUCGGUAGAGUGCUGCGCUGCGUAGAUGUUCUAUUACAGACGCAAGUCGCCAUCAAGGUGGUGCGGGACGUGGCUCGGUACACCGCAGCAGCGGAAAUUGAAGCGGAUAUUUUGCGGAAGUUGAAUCGGAAAGAUUACCGAAGGGAGUCAGGUUGUGUGUGUCUGUUAGAUGCAUUUAUGUAUCACCAGCGGCAUAUGUGUUUGGUUUUUGAAUGUCUAGGGAAGAGCCUUUAUGAUGUUCUAGCAGAAAACAAAUAUAGAGGCUUCUACUUGCAAGAUAUCGUUGAAGUCGCUAGACAAGGACUUAACACCCUCGCCUUCAUGCGAGACUGCAAACUCGCACACACAGACCUCAAGCCUGAAAACAUUUUGCUGCAAGGGGAGAAGAUGUUUGAGACGCGCGCUCCCCGGCCCUCGGAGGAAGACGACUGCUCCACUCCAUACCUCCGGCCUGCGAGCAUGCAAGUGAAAAUCAUUGAUUUUGGAAGUGCGACGUUUGAGGAAGACUAUCACUCGUCUCUCAUUAACACCCGACAAUACAGGGCCCCAGAAGUUAUUCUGGACAUUGGGUGGGACAUGGCGAACGACAUGUGGUCAUUGGGGUGUAUAUUGAUGGAGCUGUACACCGGAGACGUAUUGUUUCGCACGCAUGAACAUCUUGAACACUUGGCUAUGAUGGAACGCAUUGUGGAGCCGUUUCCGAAGGAAAUGCUGCAAAAGGCGCAAAAAGGAGCAGGGAAAGGAUACCUCACGACAGACAGCCGGGGAGAGGUCCGCCUGAAGUGGCCAGAAGGAGCUGCAUCUGCCGGAAGUGUCAAUCGAGUCAAGGAUUGCGUGCCUCUUGAGGAGUUGGUGCUGCCUCAGGACCGCUUGUUGGCUGACUUCGUGCGGUUUAUUUUGCAAAUCGAUCCGCGGAAACGGCCAGACCCAAAGGAGGCGCUGCGGCACCCGAUCUUUUCACUUGGGAAAUAG